AUGGGCGGCCCCGAGGGGCGCUUCCAUUUCGCCAUUGACCGCGGAGGCACCUUCACGGACGUGUUUGCCCAGUGCCCCGGAGGCCGCGUGCGUGUCCUGAAGCUGCUCUCGGAGGACCCCUCCAACUAUGCUGAUGCGCCCACCGAGGGCAUCCGCCGCAUCCUGGAGCAGGAGCUGGGUGUGUCGUGGCCCCGGGACCGGCCGCUGGACACUAGCCGCAUCGGGAGCAUCCGCAUGGGAACCACAGUGGCCACCAAUGCUUUGCUGGAGCGGCGAGGGGAGCGGGUGGGGCUGCUGGUGACCCGUGGCUUCCGGGACCUGCUGCACAUUGGCACCCAGGCCCGAGGGGAUCUCUUCGACCUGGCGGUGCCAAUGCCAGAGGUCUUGUACGACGAGGUGCUGGAGGUGGACGAGCGUGUGGUGCUGCAUCGCCAGGACCUGGGUGGAGGCACUCUGGUCAAAGGCCGCACAGGGGACCUGCUGGAGGUGCAGCAGCCAGUGGACCUUGGAGGUCUGCGUGGGAAGUUGGAGGGACUUCUGGCCCGCGGCAUCCGCAGCCUGGCCGUGGUGCUGAUGCACUCAUACACGUGGGGUCAGCAUGAGCAACAGGUGGGCGUGCUUGCCCGAGAGCUGGGCUUCACCCAUGUGUCACUGUCCUCGGACUCCAUGCCAAUGGUCCGUAUUGUGCCAAGGGGUCACACAGCCUGUGCUGAUGCCUACCUCACACCCACCAUCCAGCGCUACGUGCAGGCCUUCCGUCAUGGCUUCCAAGGCCAGCUCAAGGACGUGCAGGUUCUGUUCAUGCGCUCGGAUGGUGGGCUGGCGCCCAUGGACAGCAUCAGCGGCUCUCGAGCCGUGCUCUCUGGCCCCGCUGGGGGCGUGGUUGGCUACUCAGCCACCACUUACCAGGCCGAGGGUGGCCAGCCGGUCAUCGGUUUUGACAUGGGAGGCACGUCCACUGAUGUGAGCCGCUAUGCUGGGGAGUUUGAACAUGUCUUUGAGGCCAGUACAGCCGGUGUCACCCUCCAGGCCCCCCAGCUGGACAUCAACACAGUGGCAGCUGGUGGGGGCUCCAGACUCUUCUUCAGGUCAGGCCUCUUUGUGGUUGGCCCCGAGUCUGCGGGAGCCCAUCCCGGUCCUGCCUGCUACCGGAAAGGGGGUCCUUUAACACUGACGGAUGCUAACCUGGUCCUGGGUCGCCUGCUACCUGCCUCCUUUCCCUGCAUCUUUGGGCCGGGAGAGGACCAGCCACUGUCCCCUGAGGCCUCCCGCAAGGCCCUGGAGGCUGUGGCUACUGAGGUCAACAGCUUCCUGGCCAACGGGCCUGGCCAGGCCUCCCCGCUGAGCCUGGAGGAGGUGGCCAUGGGGUUUGUGCGUGUAGCCAAUGAAGCCAUGUGCAGGCCCAUCCGUGCCCUCACACAGGCUCGAGGCCAUGACCCCUCUGCUCACAUACUGGCCUGCUUUGGUGGAGCUGGUGGGCAACAUGCCUGCGCCAUUGCCCGGGCACUGGGAAUGGACACUGUGCACAUCCACAAGCACAGUGGGCUGCUGUCGGCACUGGGGCUGGCCCUGGCGGACGUGGUGCACGAAGCCCAGGAGCCCUGCUCCUUUCCCUAUGCUCCCGAGACCUUCAUGCAGCUGGACCAGCGUCUGGGCCGCCUGGAGGAGCAGUGUGUGGAGGCCCUGCAGGCCCAGGGCUUCCCCAGGUCCCAGAUCACCACGGAGAGCUUCCUGCACCUGCGUUACCAGGGCACCGACUGUGCCCUCAUGGUGUCCGCCCAGCAGCACCCGGCCACCUCCCGCUCCCCCCGCAGCGGAGACUUUGGGGCUGCAUUUGUGGAGAGGUACAUGAGAGAGUUCGGCUUCAUCAUCCCCGAGCGGCCAGUGGUGGUGGAUGAUGUCCGAGUGAGGGGCACGGGCCGAAGUGGCCUUCACCUUAAGGACACCCUCAAAUCCCCGACGGGGCCUCCCCGGGUGGAUAAGAUGACCCAGUGCUACUUUGAGGGGGGCUACCAGGAGACCCCUGUGUACCUGCUGGGAGAGCUGGGCUGUGGGCACAAACUGCAGGGACCCUGUCUUAUCAUCGACAGCAACAGCACCCUCCUGGUGGAGCCAGGCUGCCAGGCAGAGGUAACACAGACAGGGGACAUCCGGAUCUCUGUGGGCGCAGAGGCUGCCAGCACGGUGAACUCUCAGCUUGACCCCAUCCAGCUGUCCAUCUUCUCACACCGCUUCAUGAGCAUCGCAGAACAGAUGGGCCGCAUCCUGCAGCGCACAGCUAUUUCCACCAACAUCAAGGAGCGCCUGGACUUCUCCUGUGCCCUCUUUGGGCCUGAUGGGGGUCUGGUCUCCAAUGCCCCCCACAUCCCUGUGCACCUGGGGGCCAUGCAAGAGACAGUGCAAUUUCAGAUCCAGCACCUGGGAACUGACCUGCACCCUGGGGAUGUGCUGCUGAGCAACCACCCCCGAGCAGGGGGCAGCCACCUGCCAGACCUGACGGUCAUCACUCCGGUAUUCUGGCCUGGUCAGGCUCGGCCUGUGUUCUAUGUGGCCAGUCGUGGUCACCAUGCAGACAUCGGGGGCAUCACACCAGGCUCCAUGCCCCCCCAUUCCACUGCACUGCAGCAGGAGGGGGCCGUCUUCCUGUCCUUCAAACUCGUCCAGGGGGGUGUCUUCCAGGAAGAGGCGGUGACUGAGGUCCUUCAGGCACCAGGCAAGAUCGUUGGCUGCAGUGGGACCCGGAACCUCCAUGACAACCUGUCAGACCUUCGUGCCCAGGUGGCUGCCAAUCAGAAGGGCAUCCAGUUGGUGGGGGAGCUCAUUGGACAGUAUGGACUAGACGUGGUACAGGCCUACAUGGGCCACAUCCAGGCAAACGCUGAGCUGGCCGUGCGGGACAUGCUCAAGGCCUUUGGCAGCGCCCGGCAAGCGCGCGGCCUGCCUCUGGAGGUGUCAGCAGAGGACCACAUGGACGAUGGCUCCCCAAUCCGGCUUCGAGUACAGAUCAACCUGGGCCAGGGGAGCGCGGUGUUCGACUUCAGUGGCACAGGCCCCGAGGUGUUCGGCAACCUCAACGCCCCGCGAGCCAUCACACUGUCGGCUCUCAUCUACUGCCUGCGCUGCCUGGUGGGCCGCGACAUCCCACUCAACCAGGGCUGCUUGGCCCCGGUGCGCGUGGUCAUUCCACCAGGCUGCAUCCUGGACCCAUCCUCAGAGGCCGCUGUAGUUGGCGGCAAUGUGCUCACCUCGCAGAGGGUCGUGGAUGUCAUCCUGCGGGCCUUUGGGGCCUGUGCAGCCUCCCAGGGCUGCAUGAACAACGUGACGCUGGGCAAUGGCCACGUGGGCUACUAUGAGACGGUGGCCGGCGGCACGGGCGCUGGCCCAGGCUGGCAUGGACGCAGCGGUGUGCACAGCCACAUGACCAACACGCGCAUCACCGACCCGGAGAUCCUGGAGAGCCGGUACCCUGUGAUCUUGCGCCGCUUCGAGCUACGCCCAGGCUCCGGGGGCCGUGGCCGCUUCCGGGGCGGUGAUGGUGUGGUCCGUGAGCUGCUCUUCCGAGAAGAGGCACUGCUGUCUGUGCUAACCGAGCGCCGGGCCUUCCAGCCCUAUGGCCUGCAGGGUGGUGAGCCAGGAGCACGGGGCCUUAACCUGCUGAUCCGUAAGGAUGGCCGCACCGUGAACCUGGGGGGGAAGACGUCGGUGUCUGUGUACCCAGGGGACGUGUUCUGCCUACACACGCCAGGUGGAGGCGGCUAUGGAGACCCCGAGGAUCCCACCCUGCCGCCGGCUUCUCCUCCUCAGGCUCCAGCCUUCCCCGAGCGCGGUAGCGUGUUCGAGUACCGCAGGACCCAGGAGGCUGUCUGA